AUGUCGCAACGAAACAUCAUCGAUGCCGAGCUCUUGACAGAGCACCUUGGGUAUGCGCCAAUUUCACUCCUCGACAGCAUUAUCAACAAUGUCAAUGCCGUAGCCGACAAAACCCUCGACCGCGUCGAACAGGGUCUAUCCAGAGCACCCCCCAAAGCCCUGGGAUUCGAAAAGGCGUUAAAGCAAAAGAAGAAGAAGCCUUCCGCCGGUGAACCACAGGCUAACAUUGAGGAGACGGCAAAGCUUGAGAUUAUCGACGGCGUUCACAAGCUGGAAACGCUACUAUGUGCUGCCAUCGACAAGAAUUUUGACAUGUACGAACUCUACGUGAUGCAGAACAUUCUAGGCAUUCAACCAAGCCACCGCAACUGGAUGCGUUUGGCGCACUAUGAUGGCCUUGACUUCACGGCAGGUGCGCAUGAGGAUGCGCCUACGAGAGAAAGCGUUGAAGCGCUGAGGCAGAAGCUGCAGGCUAGUCAGCGACUCAACGUUAUGCUACAUGCUGAACAGGCGAAGAACGCGGCGCUCUUGACGAAGCUGAAAGAUCUUGUUGGCGGCAAGCCCCCUGGCACGAGAACUUCGCUGGGAGCUGCAGAGGUCAAGGUUGAAAGCGCAGACGACAGAGCACCCUUCCAAUUCUUGCACAAUAAGGGCGACCUUACAGAGGGAGAUGCAAAGACGCCUAUUACGACGACCACGGCGUUCAACUUGUCACAGCUACAGGCUCUGCGAGCUCUAUCUACUUCGUUGCGAAAUAUUAUGCCAGACCUCAAGGACCCAUCUAGUAUGGAAGAGGGCCCAGAGAAGAACAAAAGUUGGAGACGGGAAAGACUAGAAUAUGUCGAAGGCGAGACAAGGAAACACCUUGAAACUGUUAGAGGGCUGGAGUUGGGCAAAGACGGCGAGGUGCGUGAUGGGGAAUGGCAGGGCGAGGGAAGGAAGUUUGCCAAGGGCGAGGUGGAAGGUCUGGAAAGUGUUGUAGCGGCCCUCGGCGGAGGAGUUGGAGGAUCCGGUGAACAGGCUGACCCUGACGCCAUGGACGAAUCGUGA